AUGAGUUCCUACCAGCAGAAGCAGCCCUACACCCCACCCCCCCAGCUGGAGCAGCAUCAGGUGAAACAGCCCUGCCAGCCUCCUCCUCAAGAACCGUGUGUUCCCACAACCAAGCAGCCAUGUGUCACUGGGGGGUCACACCCUUGCAACACCAAGGCUCCAGAGCCCUGCAACCCCACGUAUCCUGAGCCAAGCCAUCCUACAUUUCCUGUGCAGGGCCACUCCAAGGUCCCUGAGCCUGGUCACCAUCAGGUGACUCAACCGAUCUACCCUCCAGUGCUUCAGCCUGGCCACACCAAGAUCCCUCAGCAUGACCACACCAAGGUCCCUCAGCAUGACCACACCAAGGUCCCUCAGCAUGACCACACCAAGCUCCCUCAGCAUGACCACACCAAGCUCCCUCAGCAUGACCACACCAAGGUUCCAGAGCCAUGUAUCUCUACGGUCAAUCCAGGCCCAGGCCAGCAGAAGACCAAGCAGAAGUAA